CUCUGUACCAACUUUUACAUUUUAAUAGCACUAACAAUUUAAACUCAAAAGCAUCCAAAGCAUAUCUACUAUAGACUAUACUAUAGUAUAACAUAAACUUUAGAGUUACAAAUCUUGCUCAUUUCCUUACAUCAGGAAACCAAAGUGCUCAAAAUUAUGAGGAAAAGUGGAGGAAGUUCAACAUGGUUAAGUGCAGUAAAGAAGGCAUUUAUGUCACCUAGCAAAGAUAAGCAGAAUAACAGUGACAAAAGAAGUUGUAGAAGUGAAGAUUCUGAACAACAAGAACAAGAAAAGAGAAGAGGAAAGCGUAGAUGGAUUUUUGGAAAAUCCUUAAAUACCAAGGAUCCAAAUUACGUGACAAAAACUACUAACAAUGUAAGUCAUGUUAGUGAAAAUGCUGGUUGUGGAGCACAAGAUUUGGUUGUGGAGAAGGACAAAAGGCAUGCACUCGAGGUAGCAAUAGCGACUGCAGCAGCUGCUGAGGCUGCUGUCGCGACAGCUCAGGCAGCUGUGGAGUUUAUUAGGAUGACUAGGCCAUGCAUAUUGAUCCGAGAAGAAAGCCAAGCUGCUAUUACCAUUCAGAAAACAUUCAGAGGAUAUCUGGCAAGAAGAGCACUAAGGGCACUGAAAGGGCUGGUAAAGCUGCAAGCAUUAGUAAGAGGGCACAAUGUAAGGAAGAGAACAACAUUAACCUUGACGCGAAUGCAAGCUCUCUUUCGUGUUCAAGCGAGAGUUUGUGAUCAACGUCGCAGACAUUCAAUCUCACACGGGGGAAGCCUUAGUUCUAGUUCUUUCACUGACAAAAUUCCCCUGUCAAAGGAAGGAGAUUGGGAUGAAAAUCAGAGUGUCGAAAAAGAAAUCGACUCGAUCUCAAUGCUUGGAAUAACUCAGAAAGCUGGUUGGAACUCUGAAAGAGAUCUUGCUUGUGCCUUCUCUGACAAGAUAUGGAAAUCCCACAUGGAGGCCGAAUCAGAAGCGAAACUAGAUAAUGCUGUAGAUUGGAGGGAAGAAACUCAAUGGGAAAGACCAGGCAGAUAUUCUUGUGACCAAAGAACCCCCAUCAGAAUACUUCAAGUAGAAAGUGCAAACCACAGGUUACUGUCAAGCUAUCUCAAACUCAGAGAGGGAAAUCCUCACCAACAAAUCAAUUCUAGCGCAUACUCAUAUUUCCAAACACCCAUCAAAACACACCAACCCGAACUCAAACAUCUAAGAGUUCAUUCUGCUAGCCCGCGAUGCCUUAGAGAAGAGGAAUCAUCAAUCUACCGGAAGUCUCAGACACCGCGCUUGGCCAGCUCUUAUAGAAACAACGCUGCAGUGCCGAGUUACAUGGCAGAAACUGCAUCUGCUAAAGCUCGUAUUCGGUCACAAAGUGUGCCUAGAGAACAAAAACCUUCUACACCUGAGAGAGAAGGCGCAGGAUAUGCAAAGAAGCGCUUGCUUUUUGGUUCCUCGGAAGAGGUAGCUUCACCAUCUUGCAGAAAUACUCCAAGAGUGCAGAGAUAAUAAAUCUAAUUGUAACCUUUGUAUUGAAAUGUGAAGUCUAAUUAUAACUCUUGUAUAGUACUUAUUUGACAAACUCUCUAGAACUUAGUCCUUGAUAGUUUGACGGUUUACCCAGUGAUCCUUCAAUAGUAACAUCUUCCAAUGUUUAGCCUGA